UCAUCUCAAUUUAUGUUUCACCUUUUAAAUCUUGUGUAAAGACCCUCUUCUCAUACUAGAAUGAAAGCCUGCAAGAAUAGGCUCAACUGUAUUUUUCCUUCAGUUCCUUAUCCUCAGUGCUUAGCAUACAGUAGAUAACCAAUAAAAUUUUUGAAUACCUAAAUAAAUAAAUGAUUAAUUGAGUUUCAUGGAGAUGAAGUAACUUGUCCAUGAUCAUACAGGUAAUAAGUGAUCAGAAUUCUGAUUUAAAAACCCAUGUUCUUAAACCAUUAAUGGAUUCACCAGAGUUGUACUAUUGUACGCUAGAGAUGAGUCCCCGCCUGAGGCUGCAGCGGUGGUAGAUGGGGCGAGGGACUGAAUGGCCUGGGUGUGGCAAUAGUCUGUAUAUGGAAGGACGCUGAAAGAGAUCACUCCAGGAUGACUUGAUUUCUAGAUUUGGCAAAUGCGUAGACAGUGAUACAGUUCAUCCGGAGAAAGUAUACCAGACGUCUUAUAUUGGGUAGAAGAAUGAGAAAGAAGGACAUAUCUAAUCCAUAAACUUUUAAAAACCAUCUCGUCGAUAACCAAGAAGUGUUGUUAAAAAGUAAGAAGCCAGUAAAACCCAAGCUAAUCUCUUCAGUCGGACACCCGUUGGGGGAUGGGAAUGGACAGGUGAGACCAAAUAGGAGUUGUUCUUUUUUAAAAACUAACUCAAGGCUACAAAGAACACGAAAAAGUUCUCAGGUGUGUUCAUAAUAAUUCUGGUUAACUGUUAAGGCAGAUGCGAACACCAAAGAAUGGCCCUAUCCUUAUGUAGUUAAGUUGUAGUCAGCAAGAUUAUCUUGCUGGUGGCACUGGCUUUCAAGAAGUGACAAUCAACGUGGAAGCAAGGCACUGACACCCAAGCCUAGUGUGGCCAGGAGGGCAGGGGGAAACGCUUACAGCAAUGCACGCCGUAGCACGUGGUCGCCCUCGGACCCGGGGGCGGACUCAGCCAGUUAAAGAGGCGCAGGGAGCUCGCGCCUCAAACGACUCCCAACCCCGGCCCGGGCGCGGAGUCGGCCGGGCACCGCUUGGUUUCCUUCCACCGGCCCGGCCGCGGGCGGACGGCCUCCAGUCCCUAGGCGGCGCUGUGGGCUCGCAAGAGCGGCCGCGGCACUAGAGAGCGCCGUCCCUCCCAGUGCGCAUGCUCGCUUCCGCCAUGGGCUCGCUUUUUUUUUUUUUUUCCUCUGGUGGCCCAGGCGGCUGCGUACUGGCUGUGGGAUGGGAAGUGAAGCCCCAGCGAGCGGCAGCGGCGGGGCUGUGAGGAGCAGCCAGAGGGAGGCGGCGGCGGCGGGGAGUCGGUGAGCAGCUGGGAAAGCGGAGCCGGGGCGGAGCACCUGCAGGCACGGGCGGCGGCUUCACCAUGGCGAUUCGCAAGAAGAGCAGCAAGAGCCCCCCGGUCCUGAGCCAUGAAUUCGUCCUGCAGAAUCACGCGGACAUCGUCUCCUGUGUGGCGAUGGUCUUCCUGCUGGGGCUCAUGUUCGAGAUAACGGCAAAAGUUUCUAUCAUUUUUGUUACUCUUCAGUAUAAUGUUACCCUCCCUGCCACAGAAGAACAAGCUACUGAAUCAGCGUUCCUUUAUUACUAUGGUAUCAAAGAUUUGGCUACAGUUUUCUUCUACAUGCUAGUGGCGAUAAUUAUUCAUGCCAUAAUUCAAGAAUAUGUGUUGGAUAAAAUUAACAGGCGAAUGCAUUUCUCCAAAACGAAACACAGCAAGUUUAAUGAAUCUGGUCAGCUUAGUGCAUUCUACCUGUUUUCUUGUAUUUGGGGCACAUUCAUUCUCGUAUCUGAAAACUACAUCUCAGACCCGACUAUCUUGUGGAGGGCUUAUCCCCAUAACCUGAUGACAUUUCAGAUGAAGUUUUUCUACAUAUCACAGUUGGCAUACUGGUUUCAUGCUUUUCCUGAACUCUACUUCCAGAAAACCAAAAAAGAAGAUAUUCCUCGUCAGCUUGUAUACAUUGGCCUUUACCUCUUUCACAUUGCUGGAGCGUAUCUUUUAAACUUGAAUCAUCUAGGACUUGUGCUUUUGGUGCUACACUAUUUUGUCGAGUUUCUUUUCCACAUUUCCCGCCUGUUUUACUUUAGUGAUGAAAAGUAUCAGAAAGGAUUUUCUCUGUGGGCAGUUCUGUUUGUUUUGGGAAGACUUCUGACUUUAAUUCUCUCGGUACUCACUGUUGGCUUUGGCCUGGCAAGAGCAGAGAACCAGAAGCUGGAUUUCAGUACUGGAAACUUCAAUGUGUUGGCUGUUAGAAUUGCUGUUCUGGCAUCCAUUUGUAUUACCCAAGCAUUCAUGAUGUGGAAGUUCAUUAAUUUUCAGCUUCGAAGGUGGAGAGAACAUUCUACUUUUCAGGCACCAGCUGUGAAGAAGAAGCCACCAGUGACUAAAGGCAGAUCUUCUAGAAAAGGAACAGAAAAUGGUGUCAAUGGAACAGUAACUUCAAAUGGAGCAGACUCUCCCCGUAAUAGAAAAGAGAAAUCUUCAUAAUGAAUUAUAAUCUAAUUAAUGUCCCCAAAGAAAUCUGCUUUUUACUAUAUCUUUCAGCACUAGAGAUUUUUUUCUGUUCCUGAAAAUACAUUUUCUGUUCUUUGAUUCUUGCUACUAUUGCAUUGUUUCAUGCAUUUUUUUAAAGGGCAUUUGAGGGGAGGAUGAUUCCUAUGAGUGAAAAAAAUGUUUUAGCUUAGACUAAGCUACCUGCCUUCAAAAUAGUUUAGGGACCACCAUCAUAUUUUAUUUUAUUUUAUUUUGUUUUUUAUCUUUAAGCAUUUUUCUAAUGAUUUGAAGAGAUAACUAUUUACAAAAAUUAUACAUAUCAGUGAUAACAGUUUCUUGCUCUCACCAAUUUUUUAUAUUAAGUAAGAUGGCCUGUUCCAGCAGGGUCAUAUUUUUUAAGUUAUCUUUCAGGGCAAAAUGGAAAUAAUAUAAAGUUGGAUGUCAAAUUUUAAUAUGUUUUCAGUGUUCUCUAAUUUUUAGGAAUUUUUGUAGCCUUUACACUUGGGAAAAAAGAUUUGUAAAUUCACCAAAAUACUGUGUGCUUUAUUUUAUAGUGAUUGUUAAUGUUACAUCCCCAUUUUUUUAAGGAAAAAAAAAACAUACUUUUGGUUACAAUGUGUGGAGAUAUAUUGCCAUGUUUAUUGAAUCAAAAUAUCUUAACAUAAAAGUACUUGUGAAGUAAUAGCUUUCUUGUGCAUUUUCAACACUUGUAAACUCGAAAUCAGAAAAUUAAAUGUUUCCUAUAAAGAAGAAAAUUUGACCAUAGCCCUUUUUGAUAUGUUUAUUAAAUAAUGAUUCUUAAUGGGGCUUGUCAUAAGUUUGAUAUGCACAGGAUCUUAGAAAAAUACUGUUUAACCUGAAAACCAUUUUAAAAAAUAAUGCCUACUUGAUUUAUAUACAUGAAAAGGAUGUCAAUAUUUGAAAAUAUUUAAUGCACUAACCUCAAAUUGAAAAUUCAGGUGGAUAAAUAGUCUUACAAAAGACAGUGCUUUAUGUUAUAACUGUAGCUUUGGUUCCAUCCUUAUUUGAGAAAUCAUUUAUCUGUAUAAAACAUAUUUUUGGAUAAAUAUAUAUAUAUAUAUUUGUAUCUCUACAGAAAGGCUCUAAAAAACAUUUGGGUAAAAUAUUUGGUUCCCUUUUCUAUAAUUAUCCUUUCAAAUCUUUAUAGCUGUCCUUGGGUUUUUGUCAUCUUUACAAGACACAUAUCGCUCCUUUCAAUGUUCACAUCUUGCUCCCCACUUCUCCCUUCUGUCACCAGCUAAUGUUUGCGCCAUUUUUAGUAUAAAAGUUGCAGACCUGGUCACUCUGCAGUUUAAUGAGUUGCCAUGCUGCUAGAAAGUGCUUUCUGUUUCCAGCUGUUUACCUACUUCCUGGAAAAAGUAGUAGCUCUCUGUAGCAUCAUGGAGUUUCCGUGGAACCAAAUCUCUGCCAUUAAAAACUGGCCUUAUAUUGAACUAUACGUUGAGAAAUCAAUCAGAAUAAAAAUUUUUACUUUCACAA